CGUCUACUGUAGAUGUGACGCGCGAUAAAUUGCGAGCUAAUCGAUAGCGAUUUGAACGAAUGACCAAAUUUGAACAAGAGGAAAAUGGAACUUGAUGAAGGUAGAAUCAAUAUUGUAACAUUUUGUAGGAGAAUUGUCCUACUUAACCGAAUAAUAGGACUCUAAUUAAACGAAAGUGACAAACAACUACAAAUUGAUAAUAGUCGCUUUAAUUUUUUCAAGGGAGUUGAUUUUCAAGAAGAUUGAAUAGAUUUUUUUUUUAGUUUUUAACUUGAAGGAAUUAACUUCUUUGAACAAAGUCAUUGCUACAAGUACAUACAUAUAUUAGUAUGUAUACUGAAUAUACUGUAUAUAUAAUAGAGAUAAAAGGGUAAAAAAGCAAUAGAUGCUUUUUUAUAUAUUCUCUUUUAAGAUAGUCUUUUUUUUUAUCAGCUUUUAGAGAAUAUAAAAUAUACACUAUAUAUACUGUAUAUUGUACUAUAGAUUAUUCGCUUUUGGUACUUUUAGACGCUAAUUCCCUAAUUGUACAGAGAAGUAAUGCAUGGAAAUUUACCCUAGAUUUUUAUGAAAUGAUUACUAAUUGCGAUUUGCAAAGGGAUAGCUUUAAAUCAACCUUUAAACAAAAAACAGUUACAUUUCUUUAGUGAGCCCUAGGGGGCGUGGAGCCAGCUUCUUGCUGAUUGGUCGUAAAAGUUUUCCGUCAUUUUUUUCCCGCCUUUAAUAAAAUCUAGUUGAUCGUUUUCUCAUUUAUUUUGAGUCAAUCGGUUGAUUUUUCUAGUUGAGGUAACUCAUCAUUCGUCAUUCUACCUUAGUUAUCAUUCCGAUAAUAUUUAUCGUUUUUCGUAUCCUAACAAGCUGAUAUCGAUCACAUUAACAAAUGGAAACUGCAAUAGCCUUAUUCAUCUUCUUAGCAUCCUUUAUUAUUGGGAAUAUGAUUUUGGCUUUGUCUCUAUUUAUUCCGCUCAACAAGUACUCGAAUACUCAGGAGGAAGCUCUCCACAGGACCAUUUUGGCUAUGGCUGUUGUAGUUCUUGUCGAGGGACUAAUAUGCCACUGUCCAUGCAAAAUUAUCAAGUUAGUAAAACGCUUUCUAGGAAGAGAAGAGGAAAUUGUUAUUGAAGCCGACCAGACAGUUGUUCUUACCGGAAAAUCGAGCAAAGAUGCCCCGGCUACCGUUAAUGAAGACCGUCUGUAAAUUACAACAAAAGGGUUUUGAAUUCUAAAGAAGUCUUAUGGUUUAACGUAAUAUUUUAGUUUAGAAUAGACUAGACUCUUUUAAUACUUUAAAUUGUUAUAUAUAAUUAUCUACAGUAUAAAAUUUAUACUAAUAUAUGUAUAUAUAUAUAUAUACAGUAUAUUUAUAUAAAGACAUA